ACCGCGACUCUUUUAGCUCCGGUAUUUUGUCGUGAGUUGAAGUCGAUAAGGCCGGCCUCGAUUCAUUCAAUUCAACACGAAACCCAGCCCAAUUAUUGAUAUCUUGUACAUAAAUUCUGACUGGGUUGCACUGCGCAGCGCGGAUUAAAGCUACAAGACCAGGAUGAGGUUCAGACCUUACUUUCGUAUUCUUCUUUUGUUCUUUGUAAUGAAAAUUUCAUCUGUCAUAUCUUACACUUGGCCAUUCUGCAAUAAUGACUCAACUUACACCGACGGUAGUCCAUAUUCUGCUAAUCUGAAUCAAGUCAUGACUGGUCUGUUCAGAAAUAUACCUAAAAGUUCAGGGUUUGAUACCUCUUCCUCUGGUCAAACGCCCAACAAGGUCUAUGGCCUUCUGCAGUGUAUUGGGACCGUAUCAGUGAAGAAAUGCUUAGAAUGUGCACAAAAAUCAAAUAAUUCUUUUAAGGAAGUUUGCCCCAACUACAGAGCGGGCCUGAUAUUGAAGGAUGACUGUUUUCUUCGAUAUGACAACUACAGUUUCUUUUCACAAGUAGAUCUUAAUCCAUAUUAUUCUUGGGAGCGCCCUGACAUCUCAGCCAAUAUGGAUGAUUUCAAAGCCACAACCUUUAGUCUUCUCUAUAAUCUGUCUAAUUUAGCUUACAACCCUGCAUAUAAGGGAUUAGCUAUGGGAUCAGCCAACUAUUCUACAUCCGGCAGUGUAUACGGGCUCGUCCAAUGUUGGAGAAGUUUAUCCAUAAAGGAUUGCAAGGAAUGCUUGUUUCAAGCAAGGAAUGUUCUGGAGGAUUGUUGUUCUGGGAAAGGAGGAGCUCAGACUAUGUCAAAAAGCUGUAUGGUCAGAUUUGACAUAUCCAAAUUUUUCGACACUACGCAGUCAGCACCGGUUCCAACAAAUUCCACACCUCCAAAAGGCGAGAUCCAAUUCGAAAAGAAGUACUCAAAAGCAUUAACCAUAACUAUAGGAGUUGCGGGAGGUCUGAUUCUGGCGUUGUUUAUUUGUCUAAUUGCAAUGAUAAAAAGACACGGACCUGGCAAUUUUGUUAGGCUAGAAACUCAACUUACCCACAACAAAGAAAGGCGUGCAUGUAUUCCCGAAUCGGGGUUUCUGAUAGAUGACCAGCAACAUUUUAUCAUCAGCUUAAAGACAUUGGCAGAAGCCACACAAAAUUUUCAUGAACACAACAAACUUGGAGAGCGAAGCUUUGGACCAGUAUACAAGGGAACGACUAUAGACGGAAAGGAAAUAGCAGUUAAAAAGUUAUCUAGAAGAUGCAGCCAAGGUAAUACAAAAUUUAUAAACGAAGUGAAGGUGAUGGCCAAUCUUGACAACCGAAACCUUGUGAAGCUGUUGGGAUGUUGUGCUGAGGGAGAUGAAAGAUUGCUCGUUUACAAAUAUUUUCCCAGCCGGACUUUGGACACUUUACUCUUUCAUCCAGAAAAGCGUAAACAGUUAGAUUGGCAAAAGCGUUAUAACAUUAUCUUUGGAAUUGCCCGAGGCCUUCUCUACCUUCAUGAAGAUUCACAUCUGACAAUAAUUCAUGGAGAUAUUAAAGCAAGUAACAUAUUGCUCGACGAAGAACUCAAACCUAAAAUAGUGGACUUUGGUUUAGCCAGACUUUUCCCUGGAGACAAGACAAGAACCCAAAGAGACGGUUACAUGGCUCCAGAGUAUGCAACGCAUGGACAGCUGUCAGUUAAAGCCGAUGUUUAUAGCUUUGGCGUGCUAAUGCUUGAGAUUGUAAGCGGAAGGAAAAUCAAAGAUUGUAAUCUUCCCCAUGAAACAGAGAAUCUGUUGGACUGGGCAUGGAGACUACACAGAGGAGGAGAUGUUUUACCAAUGGUUGAGUCAACAAUUGUAGAAAGUUUCCUAAAGGAACAGGUACAGCGAUGCAUUCAUGUUGGUCUUCUGUGCGUACAAUCUGAUGCGACUGUUCGUCCAGAUAUGUGGAAGGUGAAUGUGAUGAUAUCUACCAGUUCAGUGCCAUUGCCCAAUCCAGCAAGGCCUUAGUAUCUGGAUGUUUCAGAGCUACAUGUAUUAUAAUGGUAUAUCCACACCAUGACGUCUAUAAAUGAAACCGCCAUUAGUACAUAUUUAAUGGGAAUCUGAUCAAUCGUAUGGUGUCAUGAAUUCAAGAAUUAAACUUGUUACUAAUAGUACUAGUAAUAGAAGUCAUUGAGAUGUCUAACUUAAACAGUUAAGUGUCAACAAGUCACAGUUUGUUGUCAUGUUUAGUUUUUUUAUUAUAGAAGUUUGUUGUGCUUUUAUGAUCAUAUAAAUGUAAGCAUUCUUAUGGAAUAAAUAUUGGAUCUUACUUUUGAGUAA